GUGCAGACAGAAGAGAAGGAGAAAGCCAUCUCGACCAUCAACAUGCGUGGAUCAUCAUCUGCUGCCGUGUGUGCGCUGCUGCUGGCUGUCGUCGCCUCCCUGCAGGCGGCACCAAGCAGUGCGGCAACCUUGGCGUUUGUGAAGAGCCCAAGCUUCAUCGAUGUCAACACAAACGCACCCCUCCUUUCCCAAUCACAAGUCGACGACGUGGUCAAGGCCUCGCUCGGCCUCAACACCGAUACCGUGUGGGCUGGCGUGUCGCGCACAAGCCCCUUUGAUGUUCCUUCCCGUACCCUGCACGUCACAGUGUCCGGCUGCGACCAAGAGUGCAUCCCAGAGGCGAGCGAAGCCCUUUUCAACAUCAUGCCCCAGGAGUAUGCCACCUCCACCUCCUCAAAGCCGCUCGCCACACAUGUGUCUGCCGCCUUUGGCGCCGACAGCCUCGUCACCCCUGCAACCACCCAGCUGUCCGUCACUGAAGUGACAGAGAUCCUCAACAACGUCCAAGGGGUGCGUGUGUCUGAGAUGGCCAUCAUCGUUGGCGAUGAGGAGCCCUUGGACGCGUCGUCCCCGCUCGCCUCCGCCCUUGCCAACAUCAUCACCGCCGCCAACACCGUCGUUGCAGCUCAGACAAACUCUCCACGCGUGAUUGUGGAGACAAUCGACAUGAGCGCCAUCCCUGCCGAAUCCCAGUCUGCCGCCGCUGCCCUUGUUCGCGCCACCAUCGCACACGCAUCAGCCCUCCUCGCCCAAGACGGCAGCAGUGCCCUGACGACGAUGGCGUGCAGCGCCAGCGGUGCGGAUGUGUCCGCCCGCGUCAUGCGCCGCUCCCUCAACGACGUUGGCACCCUGCACACGGGCAUUGUGCCCAACAACGCCAACCUCACCCCAAGCGACCCGGCCUGGGUUGAGCACUGCAAGGAGUACAAGUGCUUCUGCGCCACCGACGCUGACGGCAACCCGUGGGACCCCAAGACGCGGUGCAAGGCAGACUGCGACCCAGAGAAGGGCCCGUGCGAUUGCGUGUAUCUCGGGUGCGACUGCAAGACUGGCGCCAACGUCAUGAAGACACAGUCCAAGUGCAUCAAGUGCAAGGAGGGCUUUGUUGUCAUUGGCAACCACUGCUAUCUGGAGUCGGACAUGCCUGUGGCGGUGAACAUCAACCUGUGGCUUGGCCUGCUGCUGCUUGCAACGCUGCUUCUCACGUGCUUCAGCCUCGGCAACAUGGACCCGGGCUACGACAGCAUCAUCUACCGCAUGACCCAGCAGAGGAUCAAGGCCCAAUAAGCACAUGCACACACACACACACACACAUCCACAACACCAGAAGAGCUGUUUGUGUGCUUCGUACAAGAACACAUGCACGAUUUGGUUUUCUGUUUUGCUGUAUUGAUGCGCCUUUUGAGGCACACACACACACACACACAUAUUGUGGUGCAUCACCAGGCAACUCGUUCAUAGUAGCUGUGCAUGGGUGGUUCCGUUGUUGUCUGCUCUGCUGUCGAUGUCAUGCCCAAGUGAUGUGACAUGACAACGAGUCUUGUGUGUUUGUCCUUACCAGUAAAGUCCGCAACUCCACCAGCACCGCAGUGCACGCACACGCAAAAAAAGCGCGCGCGCGC